AUGACCUCAAUGGCGUCUUCAAAGCCAUUGCCGCCUAUCCCUGUAUCCGGUGCGGAAAAGGCGCUGCAAGCACAGACAUUUGCACAAGCACAGCCUCAGUCGCAGACAGCGGAACAGUCAAAACUGCCGCAAUCAGCACAUCCAGAUACGCCACCAGUCAACACUCUCACAAGCAUCUUCUCUUCACUCCUCUCCUCGGCCGCCUUCUCUUCUAUGUCAGCUUCAAAAGCUGUCGCUGCUGCUGCAAUCCCAAGGCAUCCCUCCAGAGCGCCCACGCCAACCCUAUCAGAGUCAACAGGAACACCUACAUCAACGGCACUCACUGGCGUCGCUUCACUACCACCACCAGGAUCAAGAACAGGAACUGAUAUACCAGCCCCAGCCUCUUCCUCAGCAACGCCAGCAAUAGCAACAUCAAUGGCCAUCGCUAAACGACAGCAGCAGGUCAUGGUCUCUCUGGACCAACGGUCCUUCCAGCAUUUGCGGGCUAUCGCUCGCCAGUCUAUAGCGAGCUCCUAUCUCGAGCCAGAGAUCCUCUGGCAGCGGCUUUUCAUGGAUCUUGUCCACGUCCUUGCCGUGAAUGCAGCCAAUGCAUGGCAACAGAUCGAGGCGGCACAUAAAGUAGCUCGAGCGGAUCAAAACGACGGCACCAAUGGCCUGGCAAGCAUUGCUACCACGGCAAUAGCGUCAGGCAUAGUGAAGCCAGACAUGAAUAAAGAACAAGCGGAGGUCAAAGACAAUGGCGAGAACAAGGACAAGGACAAGGACAAGGAUGCCAAAAGCAAGCCUGCCUUCAACUACAGUAUUCGCCUUGUCAAGAACAUCAGCUCUACCCAGGAAUGCUCAUUCACCGCUGGUCGAUUCGAGGGAGAGCCUCUCUUGCUGGAAGAGCAAUCUAUCACAGAGCGAAGGAGACCGCCUAAGGGAGGGCGACCCAUAAUUCCUCUUGGAGGUACUAUCUCGCUUGCUGCCGGAUUGGAGGAUUUGCCAAAGGCUGAAAAGAUCCUGGAACUCCUGGUCUUUGCACUGUGCUCCUUGCACCUAGAAGCCUACCUCAUGCGCGACCACAACGCUCCUAGACCAGACAUCUCUGCGGCUCACGAAGCGGACGCCAAGUACAGCAAAUCACCCACAAAUUCACAACCAACCACUCUCAGCGAUUCGAAGCGAGCGUCUAAAGGAUCCAUGUUCUUUGGAUGGUUGUCCCGUGGCACUUUACCCGCGAAGUACAAGAAGGGAACAACACAGCUGGCCCAGGAUCUGGAUACUGCUUCUGGAAGCGGGUAUCUCACCAAUGGCUUAGGGCAGAACAACAGGUCAAGCAUCGCCAACGACUUUGGAAUGGCUGAGGAUCUUCAGAGCUACCAGAGCCAUCGAUUCGCAAAAAUUAUCCAGCAGGUGGAAAAGGCCAUCAUAUCCGUUUCGCCGGAAAUCACCUUCCCUCCGCCCUACCUCUUGCUUCGCCUGCGGGACGAGGAGGUUGUUGGGCCAGACUCAAAGAGGAAGUCAUACACGUGGGAAGACGUGGAGUUCGUCGCGAAAAAAAUCGGCUUUGGCAAUCGCUUGAAUCAGGCGAACAUCGCUGGCGGCAGUCAGCUCACGCGCUUUGGAACAACGUCGAUCAGCGUCCACAAUAACAACAAACUGCCAAAGUCAAACCGGCUGCCUGCCGACUCUAGAGCCGGACUGGACCAUCUCAUGACCAAUAGCAACUCGCUUCAGGGGAUAUUCAACCACCAAUCCAUUACGUUUUCAUACUCGUACUACUGGUCUGCGACGGCUGCGGCGCCAUGCAACCCACCCAACUUGAUAACGGUCGACUAUUACCGUAAGGCAGGGCUCUAUGAAGACAUGGGUCUCGGUGAGAUGAUUGAGUACAUUUGCAAGCGAGCCAACUCGGAUUGUCUCGACAAGACAUGUGGCCACAAGCGACUCGAGCACAUUUCAACUUAUACGCAUGGCGAGGCCAGAAUCAACAUUACGGUGGAGCAGCCCCGAAUUGAUUCCGCCACAGAUUUUGAUUUAGAAGAGUUCGCACCCUUUUUAGCCAACAACAGGACGAUUGCCGUGUGGACCAGAUGCAAGAUGUGCAAGGCAAAGACGAAAUCGAGAGAGCUAUCGCGGCCAGCUCGAUUGUAUUCCUUUGGAAAAUAUCUAGAGCUGCUUCUAUAUGGUCAGCACUUUACGCCCGGUCCGCGGCCUCUUUGCGGCCAUGCUCUGAAUAAGGAUGCUAUCGCCCGGUGCUUCUUCUACCGUGAACUUGUGGUGACGUUUGAGUUCGAGAGUAUCGAUUUGUUUGAGAUGCGGAUAUCAAGACUGCAAGUCCACGAGGACUAUCCUGCGAUGCCACGAUUCAACCCUGGUGACAUGGACGACGACAGGCACCAUUAUUCAACUUCAUAUUCGUCCACAAUAGGGUCCUCUCCGCGCGCCAGCACACUCUCUGUUUCGGUUAACGGCGACUACCUCGCAGAGGCUGAGCAGGCGAAUAUCCUAGACACCGUUCGACUUGAGAUAAUGCACUUUUAUGAGUCUUGCAAGAAAAUUGUCGUUGCCAUGGAGGAGCACCUCGGAGAGACCAAAUCUAUAUCCAAGCAGACCAGCAACAGGACCAGUAAAGCAUCGGCCCCUGCUGUGGCAAAGGACCCAGCUCAAAAGGUCGCGUUGGAUUGUCUGGAUGAGCUGGGUGAGCGAUGGAAGGCAGACGAAUUCGAUUUGUACGACCAACUCAAACACGUCUCACUUCCUCGAUUGAACGAACUUCGCAACCGAUUCAGGGAUUACGUCAAGAGAACCAUGCGCUCCAUGGAGACCUGGCAAAAUGAACAUUACCCUGAGGCACUACAAUCGAAAGACAAGGGCUCGAUUGAGUGGGCAUUGCCAGACUAUGUCAUUCGACCUUCAAUGCAUACUUUCCCUGGAACCCCUGUUAUUUUGCGUGAGGACGAAGUAAGCUCAAUAAUUGCAUCUACUCUAAGCUGCAGGGAUUAUCUUGGUAUGGUGUCGACUAUGCUCAACAGAGAUAGCGAUGGUAGCGAUGCUGAAGAGAGGGAACCAUCACCACCACCACUGCCGAAAAAAGAUUACCGAAUGGAGGGCUUUCUCAACCCAACGCGCACACCACUAAAGACUUCACGAUCAGAUGGCAGCGUGACCCUUCUCGGACGGAAAUGCGGCAUCAACGAGAGCAAUGGCAGUACAGUGGUUAGCAGCUCUCUCGACAACCGAAGUGGCUCUAGUCGGAUGAGUGGAUGCAACGUCGGUGAUGAUGAAGAGGAGGACGAGGAGGAGGACGCGUUUCUUGUGGUGGAUGGAUACCAGACCAGUGUCAAACUCUUGCAGAUUUCAAAGGUCGAUUUUGCAAGUCUUAUCCCCAAUGGCACCAUGUCUCCACGGAGCACCAUCGGAAUUCAUUUCGGAAGUGGCCGGCAUGGCAAAAAUUCGACCUUGGGUUUGAACACUGCGGACAGAAGGACCGAUGCAUCUGAGAAGCGACCCUUCAGUAUGAUGUCUCUUCCUAAUUCGACGCCGGCACUAGUUGCAUCGCCGCUAUCGACGCCUUCGGAGAAGGCCUCAGCCAACUCGUUCUUUGUUUCGCCACCCGAGAGUCGCUCAACAACCCCAACCUCAGGAGGAAAGUCAAAGCACACGUUCGGUUAUCAAUCCCUCACAUCUGGACUGAGUGGUACAAUGAAGGGCUUAAGUCUUAACUCUUUAUCGGAGAAGAUUGGUAAUGGGUUUUCGAGCUACAAUUCUUCCAGUGUUUCUGCCGAGAAGGUAGAGAAGGAGCUGCUCAUAUCAGACACUACCGAUGGUGGCAGCAAAGAGACGCCAUCACCGGAAAGAGACAUAAACUCAAGCAUUGGAAACCCUCAUAUCAAGGCUCGAUUCUCUCAUGGAAAGACAUCAUUCUCAUGUACUGUCUACUAUGCAGCAGAGUUUGACACGCUUCGUCGUCGAUGCGGUAUCCACCAGAUCUAUGUUGAGUCGCUCUCAAGAUGCACUAGCUGGAAUGCUAACGGCGGCAAGAGCAAGAGCAGCUUCUACAAGUCAAAGGAUGAACGCUUUGUUAUCAAACAAAUGAUUUCCAGCUGGAACAUUGCUGAAAAGGACGAGCUGCUGAAGUUUGCACCAAAGUACUUUGAUUACAUGGAGAAGACCCACGAGGCGCCCACGGUUUUGGCAAAGAUCUUUGGCUUUUACUCGCUGAAGAUUAAGAAUGGCGAAUCGGGUCAGGUUGUGAAGAUGGAUGUUCUGGUCAUGGAGCAUCUUUUUUACAAACAAAAGAUUACCCGAACCUUUGAUCUGAAAGGCAUUCAGGAUCGACACGCAGGAAGCAAAUCGAAUGCUGGCGGUGGUGGAUCAACGACGCUUUGGGAUGGAGACUUUAUUGAGGGCCGAUACAGGGCCCUUUUGCUUCUGCAUUCACACUCGAAAAAGAUUAUCCGGGCGUCUCUACUGAACGAUACAGAAUUUUUGGCUGCAGCCAAUAUCAUGGACUACUCGCUGCUGGUUGGCGUGGAUGACGAACGCAAAGAACUUGUUGUUGGCAUUGUCGAUUUUAUUGGAGCAUACACAUGGUACAAAAGAAUCGAGUCCAAGGGUAAGACGACACUCCGGGGCGCGAAAGAUAAUGUCACGGUCCUCCCUCCACAGCAGUACAAGACACGGUUCAGAGAAGCGAUGGAGCGAUACUUCCUGUCUGUACCAGAUAAAUGGUCAAAGACGGUCGUGGAGCAAGAGGAGGAAGCAAAGGAGGCCAACAGCAGUAAUGGCACGGCUCCAAUAACCAUACAUGAAGGAUCAAAUGAGAACCUCGGUGCGCCAGAUUUGGAGCAGACUCUGAAGAACAAGACUUCUGGAUAUCUGGAAAAAAUGUCUAAGGCUAUUUUGCCUUCCAAACCGGUAGACUCUAUGGCCCCCUCUCGUAUCCUUUUGGCGUCAACUGAACAGGACUGCGACGACAAGAGAGUGGAUGGGUCUGGAGAGACUGAAGCCCGUGUCCAGAAACUGCCACGAGUAUUUCAUCCACUUGACUAG